AUGGCGGUGUGCGCUCGCCUCUGCGGUGUGGGCCCGUCCCGGGGGUGCCGCCGGCGCCAGCAGCGCCGAGGCCCGGCCGAGGCGGCCGCGGCAGACAGUGAGCCGGACACGGACCCGGAGGAGGAGCUCAUCGAGGCGGGCCCGGCGCUGGUCGGGAACGAGCCGGGCCCCUCGGCCUCGCGCUGCUCGCUGCUGGAGCUGCCGCCAGAGCUGUUGGUGGAAAUCUUCGCCUCGCUACCCGGCACCGACCUGCCCAGCCUGGCCCAGGUCUGCACCAAGUUCCGGCGCAUCCUCCACACUGACACCAUCUGGAGGCGGCGCUGCCGGGAGGAGUAUGGGGUUUGUGAGAACUUGCGGAAGCUGGAGAUCACAGGCGUGUCCUGCCGCGACGUCUAUGCCAAGCUGCUUCACCGGUACCGACACAUCUUGGGGCUCUGGCAACCGGACAUCGGGCCAUACGGGGGGCUGCUGAAUGUGGUGGUGGAUGGCUUGUUCAUCAUCGGCUGGAUGUACCUGCCUCCCCAUGACCCUCACGUUGACGACCCCAUGAGAUUCAAACCUCUGUUCAGAAUCCACCUGAUGGAGAGAAAGUCUGCCACGGUCGAGUGCAUGUACGGCCACAAGGGGCCCCACCACGGCCACAUCCAGAUUGUGAAGAAGGACGAGUUCUCUACCAAGUGCAACCAGACGGAUCACCACCGCAUGUCAGGCGGCAGGCAAGAGGAGUUCCGGACGUGGCUGCGGGAAGAGUGGGGGCGGACGCUGGAAGACAUCUUCCAUGAACACAUGCAGGAGCUGAUCUUGAUGAAGUUCAUCUACACCAGUCAGUACGACAACUGCCUGACAUACCGGCGGAUCUACCUCCCGCCCAGCCACCCUGAUGACCUCAUGAGGCCCGGCCUCUUCAAGGGCACCUACGGCAGCCACGGCCUGGAGAUUGUCCUGCUCAGCUUCCACGGGAGGCGGGCUCGGGGCACCAAGAUCACCGGUGACCCCAACAUCCCGGCGGGGCAGCAGACCGUGGAGGUGGACCUGCAGCACCGCAUCCAGCUGCCCGAGGCUGAGAACCUGUGCAGCUUCAACGAGCUGUCCCGCGUGGUGCUGGAGGUGCGCGAGCAGGUGCGGCAGGAGCAGCAGCGGCAGGAGGGCGUGCACGAGGACGACCAGGGCCCUGCCCCUCCUGCCGGGGAGCCGCCAGCCAAGGGGGCCGCCACCGGGUCUGCCGAGGGCUGCCAGGAGCCCGUGGGCGAUGGCGGGGUGGCGGCCCAGCAGCCCAGCCAGCCGGGACAACCGUUUGUGUUGCCUCUGGGCGUGAGCUCACGGAAUGAGGACUACCCCCGCACCUGCAGGAUGUGCUUCUACGGCACAGGACUCAUCGCGGGCCACGGCUUCACCAGCCCCGAGCGCACCCCGGGUGUCUUCGUCCUCUUCGACGAGGACCGCUUUGGCUUCAUCUGGCUGGAGCUCAAGUCCUUCAGCCUGUACAGCCGCGUCAAGGCCACCUUCCAGAACGCCGACGCGCCCUCCCUGCAGGCCUUCGAUGACAUGCUCAAAAACAUCCAGUCCCUCACUUCCUGA